CAUUAUACUGCGCAUGUUGCAACACGCAAUUAGUGAAGAAAUAUUUUGGGAAGGCAUCCGCUUAUAUGUAUAUAACACCGAGCCAAAUUACGGCAGUCUUCAAAGAGCUAUAUUGAUAGCUAUCGCUGAACAACAAACCAAUACAAAUCAAGUAUACAAACCAGAUAUAUUAGGAGUGGUACAAGCAAUGGAGACUUGGCCAGAACAAAAGCAUUAUCCUAUCAUAAAAAUAAUACGAGAUUAUAAUGAUCCUAUGAAUUCAAUAAAUAUAACAAUACAAAAUUUUAAUACAUCAAAGUAUUAUUGCAUACCUAUAUCUUUUACUACGCAAAAGUAUCCCAAUUUUGACAAUACUUCAGCUCAAAUUUGGCUAAAUAAAAUACCGUAUUACUCAUUUGAAUUAAGUUUCAAAGAAGAUGGUUGGAUGAUAUUUAAUAUACAACAAACUGGAUAUUAUCGCGUGAACUAUGAUGAUGAGAAUUGGCGAAGAAUUUCGAAUUAUUUAAAUCUUGAAAAUUACAUGAAUAUACAUGUUUUAAAUCGUGCCCAACUUAUCGAUGACGCGUUUCAUUUCAUGCUAGCACGCCAACUCAAUUCUUCUAUAUUUUGGAAUCUCGUAAGUUAUCUAGAGCGAGAGACAGAUUAUGUGGCAUGGUAUCCUAUGCUCAAAGCUCUGGAAUACAUAUCGAGUGUCUUUCCAUUACCGGAGAAAAAUGUGGAUGUUAUCAAGACAAAAGUACGGAACAUGUUAAAAACGCUGCUUAUAAAACUUGGACACGAUACAGUUUUUGACGUUCUUAAAAUAAGUUUACGAGAAGAGGCUGCAAAAUGGGCAUGUAUUCUUAAUGACCUCUUUUGUAAACAAGAAGCCAACUACAUAUUAAAACAACAUCUUGAAAAACCUGAAGAGCAUAAAGUUUUGCCAUGGUGGAAGGAAUGGACAUAUUGUAGAGGUCUGAUGAUAAGUUCCAAAUCAGAUGGUUCUUGGGAAAAAUUGUAUAAUAUGGGAAUGAAAAAAUCUGAUACUAAA